CUGUUUUUGCUGGGGUUCGAGUUUCUCCCCCUGGUGCGCCGCCUCCUCCGCAGCUCGGCGAGAGAACAAUGGCGAGCGGCGCGGAGGAGGAGGGGAGAGCGAGGCGGGAGGCCGGCGAGGAGGAUACGGACGAAGACGACGAGCGGCCGCAGCUGAGCGCGGCGGCGGCGGGGGCGCUGCGGGAGUUCCUCGAGGAGCAGGGACGGCACGAAGGGGAAAAGGGGGGAGGAGAAGGGGUGGAGCUGGUGGCGGAGGACUGGCGGCUGAGCCAGUUCUGGUACGACGAGCGCACCGCUCGGGAGCUGUCGGAGGAGGUCGCCCGCCUCGCCUCCGGUCUUCCCGCCGGCGCCAGCACCAGCGCUGCCGUGGCCUGCGUCGCGUGCCCGACGCUCUACGCCUACCUCAGGAAGAGCAGCCCGGAUGUGCCGGCGCGGCUGCUCGAGUACGACGAGCGGUUCGGGCAGUACGGCGACGACUUCGCCUUCUACGACUACAACCAGCCGGAGGCGCUGCCGCCCGCCAUGAAGCACGCCUUCCAGAUCGUCGUCGCGGAUCCUCCUUACCUGAGUCAGGAGUGCUUGGAGAAGGUCGCCAAGACGGUCUCCUUUCUCGCGCAGCCUGAAGGCUCAUUCCUGCUGUUGCUCACAGGGGAAGUUCAGAAGGACCGCGCACUGGAGCUCCUAAACGUGCGCCCCUGCGGUUUCAAACCUCAGCACUCGAACAAACUGGGAAAUGUGUUCCGGCUGUUCACGAAUUACGACCCGGUAGACAGACUUGGUGGCUGGGAUCGGAGCGAUGGCGCCCCGGUUUAGCCAUGCCAAGUUGUCCAUGGCUCUGGUCGUUCAUUACAUAUUUACAUGCUUAGAAACUGGACAUGUCUUGGGCAAGUACAGAGAUGUCCAUCCUAUGGAUACUCUGAUAUGAUGCAUCUUUCAGUCAUGUGCUGUCAGGUUUUUUUUCAUUUAGAAAUUGGACACAACUUUGGUAAUGUUUCUCUUUGAUACAUAUGUGUACUGUCAUGUAUUAGGUGAACCAAGUUCUUCACAAAUGUUCCUGUCUUGAGCCACAUGGCCGUGAUUGAGAUUGAGACUAAA